AUGCCUUUUAUCUUACUGAGCUUUAAUCUUAUUUCGACCAUUGAAGGUGACAACCAAAAGGCUUUGAUAUGUUUUGAUUAUAUAUUUAAUUCUCGGUAUCGCUUAGUUUCAGAUACCAAGAAACGACGUAGACGAACAAGCACAUUACAAUUGCGAAAGAAACGAAGAAGAUUAUUGACACAUAUUCCAUCACAAGAUCCUGCAAGAAGAUUAGGUCAGAUGAGAUCUCUUGCCAUGGCUUUGACUUCACAGAAUUUGGAAUACAGUAACGAACUCACUUAUAGCCCUAACAUGGCUCCUAGAUCAGCCAAUCGAUCUUCUUUCGAAAACGGGGGCAUGCAGGUUCUUUGCAAAGAAGACGUAGAGACCAUAAAAAACUGUAGGGCAUUGUAUAGAAGAGGCGAAUUCCCACCUCUUGUUGUAGCAUUUGAUUCAUUGGAAGGGUACUUAAUUGUGAAACUUGUAUGUACGUAUACUGUAGAAGCUGACGAGCCCAUAAAGGAUAUGACUUUGAUCGCUGAAUUUGUGGGCGACGUUGAUUACAUACGAAAUCGGGAGGAAGAUGAUUGUGACAGUAUGAUGACUCUCCUUUCUUCAGCCGACCCGUCUAAAAGUCUUGUUGCAUGUGCAGAUAGGCUUGGAAACAUCUCCCGAUUUAUAAGUGGCAUUAACAAUCACACAGCGAAAGGGAGAAAAAAACAAAAUAUAAAAUGCGUGAGGUACAACGUAGACAAAGAAUGCGUUGUGCUUCUCGUUGCCAAUCGUGAUAUCGCAAAGGGUGAGAGGCUAUACUACGAUUACAAUGGUUGUGAGUAUGAAUAUCCAACCCAUUAUUUUGUAUAA